AUGUCGAGAUCCUCUCUGGCCCUUUCAGAAGCAUCGAACACAUCAGAACGGACUAGCUCAUACUCUCCGGUGUCUUCUUUCUUCAUUUCAUCGGAUUGGGAUCCGAAUAACAGGCCACAGUCUUCUUCAUCGUCGGUUUUUUCAUCUGUUCCCUUGCCUCACACUCUCAGCGGCACUCCUGUGCAAGCAAUGGAUUCGAGACAGCAAAGCUCCAAAUUACCACCAAUCCUGCGAAAAAAACUCCUCAAGGCUUCACCGGUCUAUGCCUUUGUGUUUAAUGACCUCAUUGUAUUGACUUCGCAGUCGGGUGGGCAGAGGCAUUUUCAAGGGAAAAGCGGCAAGCCUCCAAUGGAAGGAAUGACCCUUUUAGAUGGUCUUGGAAUAUCUAGGAUUUUAGGUGUUAUCGAUAGGUCUUCCGACUCAGGUGAGAUAUUCCGCUUUGAUCAUCUUCAAACGUUAAAUAUCACAGAUAUGGAGUAUUUGUUCCAAGUGGAC